UAUGCAGACUGCUGAAGGCCUGAAGCAACCCAGCAGCUUCUCACCUCUCGGAUGAGGAAACAGUUGACCCGAGGAAGAAGAAGCCGCACGCCUUAACCGCUUUGGGUAUGCUAUAAAUAGUAGGAAUGGUUCAGUAUUGCUUGGCCAAGAUAAGAUAACAGCAAACAGCAUAGUAAUAAGUAGCUGGGAGAAGCGGAAAAGAUGGCGUCUCCGCCGGUGAAGCUCAUCGGUUUCUUCGGCAGCCCGUACGCGUUCCGCGCGCAGGCGGCUCUAUGCCUCAAGGGCGUGCCUUACGAGCUCCUCAUGGAAGACCUGUUCGGGACCAAGAGCGACCUGCUUCUCCAGCUCAACCCCGUGCACAAGAAGGUGCCCGUGCUCAUCCAUGGCGACAGGGCCAUCAGCGAGUCCCUCGUCGUCGCCGAGUACAUCGACGAGGCCUUCGACGGGCCGCCCCUCCUCCCCACCGACCCCUACGACCGCGCCAUGGCCCGUUUCUGGGCUGACUUCAUCGAAAACAAGCUGACCAAGCCGUUCUUCAUGGCGCACUGGGUCGAGGGCGAGGCGCGGGAAAAAUUCGAGAAAGAGGGCUUGGAGCUGCUGACGCUUCUGGAGGCGCAGCUCAAGGGGAAGAAGUUCUUCGGCGGCGAUAGGCCCGGCUACCUCGACGUCGCCGCUUCCGCGUUGGGCCCCUGGAGCAGCGUGAUCCAGGAGGUGAUGGGAGUGACCGUGGUGAGGGAGGACGAGCACCCCGCCAUCGUCCAGUGGGUCAAGGAUUACAGCUCCCACGAAGCUCUGAAGCCGUGCAUUCCGGACAGAGAGAAACUCCUCGCCUACUUCACUGAAAAUUUGGAGAGGUACAAAACUGCCGUCAACGCAAUGUUGCAGCAGCAGUGAUGGGAUCAGGGGGAAGGAGAAGAUUACGCCCCUGCGAGAGGAUCGAUGUGCCCAGUGAAAUAUGCUCGCGCAAGCCUUUUUUUUCUGCGAAUAAAAUGUGCAUGUUUUACGUGAGUGGAUUUUAUUCUGCGCAAAUUUGUUUGGAUCCAUGGACUAAAAUUUAGUUCAGGUCA